CAACGCGCCUGCGCACCAGUGUGUGUUCGGCGAAACGAGGAAAUGCGGAGGCGUAGGAUCCGUCUAUCUACAUUUUUUUAAGAUGCUAUACCUCUUUGUAGUUUCAAAUUAUUUUAACAACUGUUGCGAUGCUUUAGUCUUUAACUUGUUUUCAAGCUAGCCACUCAGCUGUCGCUUUCACUUGUCAUCAACUUCUUUUGUCUGGAGGCCCAAAUGUUCACUGACUGGACCUCGGAUAGAAUGUCACUACGUUUUUGAUAUCUUUCUCCUUUAGUUCAUUCAUGGAAUAUGACAUGGCGUAUUUAUUUCCACCUCCGACAUUUUUAAACCAAAAAUAAUUAUUAACCUCGGACAUGACUCAUGGCGUCCUCCAAAGCCGAUACCGGAGUAAGCAAUGAGACCAAUUGCUCGAAAGAAAAUAAUAGCAGCAGUUCCUUGGAUGAAGCAUCAGACAACCACUCUAGGUACUGCCUUGACGACCUGGUGAGCAUCGCCACAGUAGGUACAGGAACUUUUGGGCGAGUAUUCCUAGUUAGGGACAAGAAGAGCAGGACCUUCUAUGCUCUGAAACAGAUGAGGAUCCCUGAUGUGAUCCGCCUGAAGCAGGAGCAGCACGUACACAACGAGAAGGCGGUUCUGAAAGAGGUUAACCAUCCCUUCCUCGUUCGACUGUUUUGGACGCACCAUGAUGACUGCUUCCUUUAUAUGCUGCUGGACUACGUGCCCGGCGGCGAGUUAUUCAGCUAUCUUCGUAGCCGAGGCCGAUUCAGUAACGCCACCGGUCUGUUCUACGCCUCUGAGAUUGUCUGUGCGAUCGAGUACCUCCACUCCAAAGACAUAGUUUACCGGGACCUGAAGCCUGAGAACAUCCUGCUGGACAGGGAAGGCCACAUCCGCUUGACUGACUUUGGCUUUGCAAAGAAGCUUUCUGACAGGACCUGGACUCUUUGUGGCACCCCUGAGUAUCUUGCUCCAGAAGUUAUCCAGAGCAAAGGUCAUUGCCGUGCAGUGGACUGGUGGGCUCUUGGCAUUCUCAUCUUUGAAAUGUUGGCUGGGCAUCCACCCUUUUUUGAUGACAAUCCAUUUGGAAUCUACCAGAAGAUCCUGGCGGGGAAACUGGAUUUCCCACGGCAUCUGGAUUUCUACGUCAAAGACCUCAUCAAGAAAUUUCUGGUAAUUGACCGAGCCAGACGGCUGGGCAACAUGAAGAAUGGAGCAGAUGAUGUGAAAAAACACCGUUGGUUCAAGGCCAUAGAUUGGGAGACAGUUCCACUGAGAAAACUGAAACCUCCAAUAGUUCCCAAAGUUUCCCAUGAGGGCGACACGACAAACUUUGAAGUUUAUCCCAAUGACGAAUGGAAAAAAGACCCAUCUGUUCCACCAAGAGACUUGGAGAUCUUCAAAAACUUCUGACAAGUCAGAUAGAAUGUUUUAUUCAUGGAACAAGUACUUCACAAAGAACAAAUGUUCAGGGAAUACAGUGGACCCCCAUAUGUUCACGGGUUGGCAUCUGCAAAUUGACAGUUUCCGAUUUUUCUGGUGCUUAAUCUAUGUUCGGUUGCAUGGCAAAAAUAUUUUCAUGGUAAAAUACUUUCUACACUAUGUACGCCAUUUAGUGUAUUGUAGUAACCGUUACUAGCUGUCCACUCAACCAAAUGACCAAACCCGCUUAUCCAAUCACAAAUCUAACUGUAGCCAUGUUAGAAAUGUGAUUCACAGUCCGAAAAGGGAGGGAGGAUAAAUUUGACGGUGAUGUCUGUUGAUGCUGCUUUGGAUCAUGAACAUUUUGCCAAAUUAGAUCAAAACCAGUGUAAUCUGUUACAACAGCUCAGAGGAACAUCACUAAGCCUGCUUGUGACCGAUUUGCUGUGCAGUCAAAUGUUCAUUAUUUUACAGUGCACUGUACCACUACAGUAAUUCUUUGUUAUCAUAAUCAUCAGAAUUUUUUAUAUGCAUGUACUCCAAAGACUGUACUUUGCAUAGCUUACCAGUUUUCUAUUUUCAAGGGAACAGCAAGGUUGGGCGAUGGAAGUCUUUGGGAUCAUAGUUAUGCUUUAAACUCUGAAUCUAGGUCAUUAGAAUCACUUCAAGAGGCGUAUCAGUUUCUUGUGGGAAUUGGUCAUUUGCGGUUGGGCUUGGUCCCUAUCCCCCCGCGAAUAUUUGGGGUCUGCUGUAUUCAUAUUACUCAAAGUUGGCUCAUUACAGCUCUUUGUCUCCCUUUAAAUCCUAACCAUCAUACCAUAAACAGGGUUUUAUACUCUGGUCAACUGUCUGUUUUUUGUUGUCAAUUUUUAUUAUUAUUAUGAAUCUUUCUGAGCCUAAACAUGCAAGAAAAAACAAGACUGUUAAUUUCUACUUUUUAAAACGUUUGUAUUUCAUUGCAAUGGCCUAUUACUGUCUGACCUCUGAACCCUGUGACUUUUUGGCCAGAAGCAAGUAUUACAGGAAAAUACUACUUUUUUGUUUACAAAAGGCAGCAAAUAGGUGCCUUAUGUUUUUGCUACUUAUUAAUUUCACUUGAAAUGUGUCCUCAACUUCUCGUUGUGAUGUGACUCAAAAUAAAAUAAUGAAAAUACUAGUUGUUUUAAGGUGCUCAUGGUUCUCCUUUCUCCAGUAUUGCUUUUUUGUUAGUGUGGUCAUCAUAAGUGAAAAUAGAACAAGGUAGCAGUGCUCCAAACAAUGCAUACUAUAUUCCCUUUUAAAAUAUCUGUUAUUUGACCACAACCAAAUGAAAAACGAUAGGAACAAAAUGUGUACAUAUAUGUACAUAUGCUGAAAGUAUUUGGUGUGAUUCACUUUUUCUACAUUUCACUGUUACAAGAUAUAAAAAUGAAUACAUUUUUUUCCUCAAAAUUUUACACCUAAGCUCCAUAAUGACAUAAAAAAAAUCUUUGAAGUGUAUGAAAAAUUUCCAGCCAUGUCUUUGAAAAAAAACAUAACCAAAUGAAAUAGGGAAAAAGGUUAGCGCUGAAUACUUUGGAAAAAAAAAAAUUCUGAUUCAUAGCAAUUGCAAACAGACUUCUGACAAAGACAUAAUGACUCAAUUGUUUGCCUCUCACAGAAUUGAGAACUGAAAACUGGAAUGCUGUUUUCAAUUCCGCGUACUUUUUAAAAUACAGAAAUCAAAAUGCAUUUCUGAUUUGAAUGGUUUUGUCACGAUGAGUCAUUUUCACUUGAUCUUGGAAAUUCUUACUAGGAGGGGCUUAACAAAUUUUUUGUUGUGAUAUAAACAACUGUAUCAAUGAUUCUGCUGUCUAAUAUCCAAAUCUUAAAAUGUAUUAAACACCCAGGUUUAAUAUUAAAAACAAAUGCAAAUCUCUCCCUCCACUUUUAAUUCCAAACACGUACAAACAAAUUACAUUCACACAUGAAAAUACAGUAGCACCUCGACGUAUGAGUUUAAUUAGUUCCAUGACUGAGCUUGUGAUGAAUCUCCCCCCUCUCAAAAUCCAAAAAACAUCUGAACAACAACCAGCAAAUUCAAACGUCGAUGCACUCCAAUAUGAUACCACUGUAACAACAAAAUACAAUUGUUUUUCAUUCCUACGUGAGUAACCAAUCACAUAAAAAAAAUAA